AACACAUAAAUAUGUAUAUUUUAUUCUAUCUUUCUUAGAAAAAUAAUAUAUACUAAAAUAAAUAUCUUACGAUUUACUCUGAUCCCACGUUUUUAAAUUUGAAGUAAUCUACCUGAACAUGUUUUGUCUAAAUAGCCUAGUAUUAGUUUUCCUGAUCUUUCUCUUGUUUUUUAUUAUUGUUUACUGUAUCAUCAUCUCCUUCAUCGGUAAUUUGAAGAUUCGGCGGAAGAUUAUGAUUAACUAUUUCAGCAAUAAUUUUAUUCUCAUUACGCGAUUGUUUCUCGUCCGCUUCACGCUCAUUUUUAUUCUUAAGUUACUGAAAUUCUCAGUUCUUACAAUAGUAACCGAUUUCAAAAUGCGAAAAUAAAACUUUAAAAGCAAGUUAAAUAUUUUGCUUCUUCCAUUGUGAAUCUUCCAUCAAUCAAUAAUUUCUUAGUAGAUAGUUUAGUAUCCCAAUCCUAAUGCUAUCAACCACAUUAUAACUCUUCCCAUUCAAUUCAAAUCCUUUUUCUCUGGAAAUUUGUGAUGCUAAUUGGGCACCCAUUUCCUUAAAGUCUUCGGAUUCAGUUAGUACAUUGGACAACGUGGAUUUACCACCACCAGUACGACCAACUAUUGUAAAUUCUCCUGAAUAUUUUCAAGUUAUUUUUUGACUUAGUACCAUUUUGCUCAUAUUCUUUCGCAGUUGUUUAUAUUAAUUUACUAUUAGAACACUCAAAGAAAUUCCAAACUGAAACAUUUGCUUAUAUCUAAGUAAAUAAGUUUGUUGUUAUUGGAG